UAUUUCCAGGAAUAGCAAAAAUGACAUGAAAAUAGAAUGGAAAAGGAAGAUACAAUGAAAUGAAAUGGUUAAUACAACAAUACAUAAAAAUACGAUCAACCAAACCGAAUCGUUUUCGAAGUAACAGAUACGCGACACGCACUGUCGCUGUGUUUAACGCGUAUUGUGAAUAAUUGUACAUGUGUGAGAUCCACGUCUCUUAUGAUAUAUAUAGUAAUUCAAUGUAUUCUAUAUAUAUAUACAACUGUUCCCGCUGUUUAUUAUUCUCAUGCUCAUUCGAAAAAAGAACGCCGUCUGACAUUCAGUCGAUUUGUUUGGUUUGAAGUGUUUGAGAGUGAAUCCAUUAAAAAUUCUAUAUUAAAGAUAUAAAAUUACCAUGUGUUGUUAUUUGAUCGUGAAAAGCGCAUAAAAUACACGUAUUGUUCACCCGCAUAAAGAGUUGAGAUUUUCAAAAAAAUUUGGCGUAUAAUUUUUUGGGUGUAUUUAUUAGACGAUGACAUCAUUUGUGUAUACAACUACUUUCUAGUAAACAAAACAUUUGUAUGUGUAUUAAAUUUCGGCAAAUCGGAGCUACACCAACAUUCAAAUAUUGUGCGUGAUCGUCAUUCUUCUUUGGUUUUUUGUCGCGAGUGGAAGUGUUUUUUUGAUCAAACGUUUGUUUUUCAACGGAACAGUUUUUAAUUUUUUAUAAAAAAUGUCACACAACAACGAUUUUGUGGUGCCAAUCAGGAGCGAUGAACGUCCAACCGAUAAUUUGAUCAGAGGCAAUGCCAGCCAAACUUCACAAGAGCCCAUUUCUACGUUUGUUGAAACGGCUGCCUUCAUCCUCUCGGCGAUUCUAAUAAUAAUAACGAUGCCGUUUUCAUUGUUUGUCUGCUUUAAAGUGGUGUCGGAAUAUGAACGUGCCGUUAUAUUUCGCAUGGGUCGUUUGAAGAAGGGUGGUGCUCGAGGUCCUGGCAUAUUUUUCGUUUUACCGUGUAUUGACACUUAUUGCCAAUGUGAUUUAAGAACCGUAUCAUUCAACGUACCACCACAAGAGGUUUUAACAAAGGACAGUGUUACAGUGCAGGUUGAUGCUGUUGUUUAUUAUCGUAUUCGGGAUCCACUCAAAGCUGUUGUUCAGAUCGAAAACUACAGAAGAUCAACAGAACUCUUGGCAGCAACGACUCUUCGUAACGUAUUGGGCAUGAAAAAUCUAUCGGAAUUACUAGCGCAACGAGAAUCCAUAUCACAUACCAUGCAAGAAUCACUGGACAUUGCGACUGAACCAUGGGGCAUCUUUGUUGAACGAGUUGAAAUUAAGGAUGUAAGUUUGCCGAGUCAAUUGCAACGUGCCAUGGCUGCAGAGGCCGAAGCAUCGCGUGAAGCACGCGCCAAAGUCAUUGCGGCCGAAGGUGAAAUGAAGGCUUCGAUUGCUCUACAAGAAGCAUCAGAGGUUAUUUGCAAAUCACCAGCUGCACUUCAAUUGCGUUAUCUUCAAACCUUGCACUCGAUUGCGGCCGAAAAAAAUUCAACCAUAAUAUUCCCUCUUCCGAUGGAGAUUAUGCGCGGUUUCGUUGGCGGAAAAAGCGAAUGAGCGAACUUCAUGAAAUUUCUUCUUAUAUGGUUUUUUAAGUAUUCACAUAAACUGCAUAGUUAUUAGACAUAAUUCAUUUUAACUUUGUGCGCAUCUAAACAAAUGUAGAUAGAGUUGGCACUUUCAGUUGAUCACCUCCAUGGAUAUUCAUGCGUGAGAACCAAUGAUUCAUAUAAUUCGCAUAAUAAAUACGUCACUUGAAUUCAA